AUGGCUACGAAGAUCCCAGUAGCCUUGCUUCUUGUCAUACUCUUCGUCAUCGAGGCCGGAGCGGUCCUCAUUAGCCAAGGCCCUAGGCGCCGGGCCUGUACAAGUCCAACACAACGCCGAGCUUGGCACACACUGUCGAAUGAUCAAAAGAAAUCCUACCUCAACGCCGAGGUAUGCGUCAUGAACACGCCCGCAUCUCUUAACCUACCGGCUGCCAAGACCAAGUUUGAUGAGCUCGCUUUCAGCCAUCAAGCCAAUGCUCGUGCUAAGCGCGAUGGCCACGAGCUCUGUAGGUACUGGGACGAAUCAAAUGAGGUGGGAAAUUUCGGAAACUCGUCGAUUUUUGACGCUGAUUUCGGCUUUGGUGGUUACGGGAUCGACGACAAAAAGUGUGUCUCAGACGGACCCUUCGCGAACCUCACAAGCCCCAUCGGCCCGGGAUUUCGCCUUGGCGAGCAUUGCGUCUCCCGCAUGGUCAACGAGACGGCAGGGCUUUGGUCGGCCCAAGAGGAAGUCGAUAAGUGCCAAACAUUCGAUAGAUAUGAAGACAUGUUUCCUUGCGUGUACGGGACUCCUCAUCGAGGGGGCCACGGCGGUGUUGGUGGAUCGAUGCGAGACCCACUGGCAUCCCCUGCCGAUCCCAUCUUCUAUCUCCACCACUCCUGGGUUGAUAAGAUCUGGUGGGAUUGGCAAGAAGCGGACCUCGAAAAUCGUCUUUACGCCGUGGGUGGCCCUAGUUUUCAAUCACCCGACAUUGGAUUCCCCGAAUACCCUGGAACCGUCGAGGAGGAGGAUGCUGUUGUCUUCGGCUCGCCGAGCGAAGAGAUCCGCAAGCUGCAGCAAUUCAAGUAUAACAGCCAUCAGGGCGGAGAGACUACGCUGGACCAUAUCCUGACGACCUUAGGCGUCAUUCCGGAUGCCACGAUCGGUGAUGUUAUGGAUACAAGGGGGGGUUAUCUUUGUUAUGAAUACGUGUAA